AUAAUAAAUCUAAUUGAUUUGCUUGUUUUUGUGAAUGAAUAUAGUGAAUUAUUUUAGUAAUUUAAGUAAAAGACUAGAAUAAUAAAUUAUAUUUUUCUUUAGUAUUAUACUUCUUAUUAAAUACAAGUUAACUUAAAAAUUUCUAUGAGCACUUUUAAAAGGUACCCACAAGUGCCUUCUCUGAAAAAAGAAAUUCGGCUUCUUAAAUCUCCAAAUUAAAAACUUACUGCAGAAAGUCAGCAGCAAGCUUCUUCAAGCAUAAUAUUGACAGGAAAUACAUAAUAUGAAUCUAAAAGAACAGUAGACUCAGCAAAGCUAACCAAUAAAAUAGAAUAGUCUUGCUUUUGCAAUGUUUAAUAAAACAGUAAAUCCAAUAAUAAUGCAGUAUUAGGCUUUAAUCCCUUUUUGACUGGUGAUAAAAAUAACUAUUCAAAUUACUGUUCUUGCGAUGGAUCACCUUUCCACUAUUAAACAUGUAGGAAAUCAUUGAUAGUAGAGAAUUAGAAAAAUCAAUAUCCUACUAAUUUUUAAUGUCAUUCAAGGGAAGCUAGUUCUCAUAUAUCUUAAGCUUCGCAUUUAAACUUGAGUAAAUAUAUGUAUGAUAGUUAAAUUGUCAAUAGUGAUGACGAACAUGUAUAAGCUUAAACUCCAAACCUUCCUAGCUUGGAAGGAUAAUUUAUCUUGUCGCCUAGUAUUUUUAAUGGACAUAUUUUAGAAAAAAAUAAUAAAGAAAUAAUUUAAAAUUUGAAUGAACCUUCUUUAUAAAAUAAUAAUUACAGAGAAAACUAGUUUAAGCAGUAAUCUUUUUUUAUAAACUAAGACAAAAAUCAGAUAAGUUCAUAAUAGAAUAAUUCAUUUUCAAAUUAGUCUUCUUAAAAUGCUAAAAUUAACAAACAUGUUUAGGUAAAAAGUCCUCUCAGUUAUUCUAAUUUAAUAAAAUCUUUAGCCAAGUAUACAAAAAUCGAAAAUGAUUUAUUAGAAGAAACUAUGAUUUUAGAAAAGUAGAUUUAAGACUCUCAAGAAAAAAUAAGUUAGCUUAUUUCUAAUUCUAAUAGAGAUAAUUCUAAAGAGUAGUUUGCUAAAAAUGAAACAAAUUUCAAUAGUAAAAAUCAAAAUAUUUCAAAAGCAAAAGCCCAACUCUCAAAUAUCUUUAAUCAGAACCAGUAAAAGAAGCAAUUUUAGAAUUUAUAAAAAGGAAGUUUAUGUAAUACUAAACAGGAAGAUAAUUUAUCUUCUUCAUAAAAUUUAUAAAGUGCUAAAGAAAAGCUAGGAAAAGAUUCUUUUUUGAGAUGCUCAAUUUCAAAAUAAUAAAACACAUCGCCUUAGAUUGAAAAAAACUUUUAAAAGUUUUCUUAACUAUUUAAAACUAACAUUAAUACAAGAAGUUAAAAGAAUAAAUUUUAUGAUAACAUAACAAAGCUAAGGCAAUUUUAAAAGGAAAUUUUAAAAACAGAAGAAUCAUUUUAAAAUUUGAAUAGCAACAAUUAGUUUUCUUCUCAACAAGAUCUUUCUUUUAGCUGUAAUACAAAUGUGUUGGAGGAUUCUUAACUGCUAUCAUUUGUAAGAAAAACAACUCCUCAAAAAAGUGUAUAGAUUAUGAAAAAGACUUAAAAAACAUUCAGAGCUAAAAAAUGUGAAUAAAAAAGUUUACCAUAACCAUAAGUUCCAAUAAACUCUAGCUUUUCUAACAUAGCUUCAAGUACGCCUAAAUCUAGUUUUAUUUAAAAAAAUAUAAUCUAAACACACAAUUCUUUAGAAAGAAGCUCAGAUCUAAAAAAUUAGACAACAAUAAUGAGAUUUUCUAAUGAGUAGUUUCCUUUAUAAGUUUUUCAAACUGAGAGACUUUAAAAAUCAUGCUCAAACAAGUCAGUAGAAAAAAUGGAAAUUGAGAAAUUUUAAAAUUACUUUGUAAAAAGCCAUAAUUAGCAAAUUAAUUUCUAAAAUUAAAAUGAAUAGUAUUAUAACCAAAAUUGUGAACAAUUAAGUUCUACAUUAUAAAAAAAGAAUAAGUAAUAGAUUAAUGUUUUAUCAUAAAAUUAGUAACAAGAAGCUAAGUCUAAUAAAAAGCUAGAAAUUUUGAAUCUACUUUCGAAAAUAAAUAGUAAAAAAUAAUCUGGAUUAGCUUAAAAAUAAAACAAGAGCUAUACAACGUUUAAAAAAGCUGAAACUUCAACACCAACUCACAACCUAAAUGUGAAAAUCAAUUUUAAUUCAAUAAAAAAUUUUAGCUAUUCUUAAUUUAUGAAUGAAAGUGCAAGAAAAAGCUCUCCACAAAGUUUCAAUAGUUAAAACUAAUAAAAAAUCCAUAAUUUACCAUAAAAAGAAGGCCCAAAUAAUUAGAAUAAUUUCACUUAAAAUCAUCAAAACAAAAAAUGCACCAAUAAGAACACUUUAGCUGAAAAUCUAAAAAUUCUAUUGUAAGGAACUGAACCUAAAAGUAUGUUGAAUAAGUCUAAUUAAUAGCAAAUAAGCAAUACAAAUAGAAGUAAUAACAGUAAUAUCAAUAAUAGCAAUUAAAAUAUUUCUAUGAGAAACCUUUUGCAGCACUUAUUUAGUAAAACACAUAAAACUGAAACAACAAAAAAAUGA